UGGUGCAAACAGAGAGAGCGGCGCUCAGACACCCGCACACCGGGAGAGGAGAGGGAGGAACGCGCCGCUGCGUCUGUGCAACACAGACUCCAGAGAAAAAAAAAGAAAAAAAACUUAUCGACGCUCUAAAGCGAGACCUGCGCUGCGCAAUUAGUGCGUGAAAGUCCACUUUUCCUCGGGUUUUGAAGAAAAUAAAUAAAGAAAUCAAGCUGGCUCAGUGCGUGUCUCAGCAGCAGCCCACUUUGACAGGUGCUCCUCACCCCCUUUGGAGGACUGUCAACAGCAAGAGGAUGGCAUCAGAGCUGGCAAUGAGCAACUCCGACCUGCCCACCAGUCCCCUGGCCAUGGAAUAUGUUAAUGACUUCGAUCUGAUGAAGUUUGAAGUGAAAAAGGAGCCGGUGGAGCCCGAUCGCAGCAUCAGCCAGUGCAGCCGCCUGGUCGCCGGGGGAUCCCUGUCUUCCACCCCGAUGAGCACGCCGUGCAGCUCGGUGCCCCCGUCUCCAAGCUUCUCGGCGCCCAGCCCGGGAUCAGGGAGCGAGCAGAAGGCGCACUUGGAGGAUUUCUACUGGAUGAGCGGCUACCAACAGCAGCUCAACCCCGAGGCUCUGGGCUUUAGCCCGGAAGACGCCGUAGAGGCGCUGAUCAGCAGCAGUCACCAGCUCCAGACCUUCGACGGUUAUGCCAGGGGGCAGCAGUUCGGCGGCGCCGCCGGGGCAGGGGGCGCCAUGGCCGGGGAGGAGAUGGGCUCGGCGGCCGCUGUGGUGUCCGCGGUCAUCGCCGCCGCCGCGGCUCAGAACGGGAACCCGCACCACCACCACCACCAUCACCACCACCACCACUCGGGGGCUCACCACCCCACGUCGGGGUCGCAGUCCAGCGGCGGCGCGGGCGGGACGCACCAGCACCUGCGCCUGGAGGAGCGCUUCUCCGACGAGCAGCUGGUGACCAUGUCGGUGCGGGAGUUGAACCGGCAGCUGCGAGGGGUCAGCAAGGAAGAGGUGAUCCGGCUGAAACAGAAGAGGAGGACGCUCAAGAACAGGGGCUAUGCCCAGUCCUGCCGCUACAAGCGGGUCCAGCAGCGGCACGUGCUGGAGGGCGAGAAGACGCAGCUGAUGCAGCAGGUGGACCACCUCAAGCAGGAGAUCUCCCGGCUGGCCAGGGAGAGGGACGUCUACAAGGAGAAGUACGAGAAACUCAUCAGCACCGGCUUCAGAGAAAACGGGGGCUCCAGCAGCGACAACAACCCUUCAUCCCCGGAGUUUUUCAUGACGUCGAGAAAAUUCCUCCAUCUGUGAUAGUGAGUUGCGAUCUCCACACCCCGCCACCCUGGAGUCUGAGAUUUUGUGACACCGGAGCUUCGGCGCUUCCACCCCCGGCACCCAGAUGCCACAAAGCACAACGUCCCGACAGCGGCUUCACGGCAAACCUAGUAUCCGGCCCGAAAUAAACAGCAGGAAGUUCCACUCAUCACAAAAACAAGGGAGUGAACACAGAAGUCCUGAAUCGAUUUGGCCAACAAACAUGUAAAGCCCCCUCGCCCCAGCACACGCCCCAAAAAUCAGACGAUGUAUAUAGUGUACAGACUAAAGUCAGUGCGAAUAUUGUACAUAACCAUCGCAACCAAACCUCCAGUGUGUUUGUCAUGUGACGAUUUAUUAUUUCCAGCAUGACGCCGGGGCUGAACUUCGAGGAGCCACACGAUCAUUUGUAGUGAAUUCACCUCAGAGUCUUUAUUGUUUUUGACUAGCCACCUGUGUAUACCGAAGCCCGUUUGGACUCCCAGGGAUUGGCAGCUCUCUUGUACAGUCUCCGCCCUUUUUAUCCCCAACCCACCCUCCAUCGAUCGCCAUUGGCUGGUCCACGUCCUCAUCCAUCAGAGGGCCUGAACGCCCGCCGAGCUCUCCUGCACCAGACGCUCGCUCAGAUCCCACAGAGAGGCCGCGCAGUCCUGGUCCUGGGCCUGCAGGGACGGCAGGCAGCGGAAGCAGUUGUUGAAGUACAUGCCGCCCAGGCCCUCCAGCUCCGGCGCCACCGCGCAGUACACCGUGGUGGCAGCGCCCUGUUGCUGCGGAGGAGACAGCAGGCGGACACGUGAUGACUCAUCACCAAGGGAAAGCACUGUAAAUAUAUUUAUAGACAUAUAUUUAUUUAUUUAAGCAACUUGUUCUGGUGAACAGGACGUCACACUCCAGAUCCUGCUCAGAGCGGAGACAACAGGGAUGUGAACGGCUCCCAGUUUUUCCCAUUUACUCCAUUUCACACGGCCGGAAAGUUCUGUUUUCUUUGUUGAGUUUGACUCCUCCUGGCUGAACUUCGCUGUUUCGGAGCCAAAACCCAGUUUACGAUGAAGCGUAAUUCAUGAAAAUUAUUAUUUUCAUUUUGUCGUGUGGCGCCAGCCCAGAAAUCCCCUCCACUCGUGACGUUAAAGUGACUUAAAUCUGACUGAAGUCCAAGUGUGUCCGAGGAUGUGGGCGCUAAAUGAUCACAAUACAACGUAAAGCCUCCAAAAAUGUUUCAAGUCCUGUCAAGAGCAAAACAGAGUUUGGAGAAACCUGCUGAUUCCUCUCAAGCAGCGCGACCUAUCAGUCCGUAAUUAGUGUGGAUAUCCGGGGGAGGAAAUGGGUGACAUUUGAAAAUGAAAGUCGUAGCUGCGGCAGAAUAAACACGUCAAAGAGAAUUACACACGCGACUCGGCCACUCAGAGCCGGAUCUUUCAUGUCGCGGCUACAAGCUGCUGUGACGACUGGAGUCGACUUCUGUGCGGACGCAUGAGAGGGUUCACCUCUUUAUCUGUGCUGGGGAGGGAGGAACGGGGGGGGGAUGCGGGCGCUGGCAGACGCUGAGACAAGCCCAUGUGCAGCUCUCAUGCAAAUCUGCAGCCAAAUGUUUGAGCAGCAGCUGCUUCUCCAGCGAGAGCUGCUAAACGUCUCUCUAAACAGAGAGUGGGAGUCAACCGGAGCCAGGAAGAGACGCGGCGUGGCGUUUGAAGGGCGAGGAACAGCAGAUGAAAAGGAGACGUCGCCGUUGUCCGUCUCACCUGGCAGCUCGCCGAUAACUUCCCCUCCGUCACAUGUCACCAAAUCAAAGAGCGACAAAUGCCAGGAGCUGCGACACAAGCUGGGCUCCUCUGGUUAGGGCAUCUGAUCUCACUCCCACUGAAGAUUUCACAGCCACAGAACCUUGAACUGGCUUUAAAAGUUACCACUUUAAAGUUUAGAUCCCUUAGUUCUGUUUAUCCAGCCACGUUUUAAAGUCGCGAAACAGCCAGUGGCACCACUAUAAACACACAACUUCAUCAAAUCAACUGCAUUCAAAUCCAGCGCCCCCUGCUGGUUUAAGUGAAGUGUUUCACUGCCUUGUCACCACUUGACCCAGUGACCUCUGCAGAAAAGAGGCUGAUGAGAUUGAACAUUCUUGACCCUCCGCCGCCAUCUAUCAUGGAGAGUGAAGGACCAGGUCCUGAACCUUCACUUCAAACCACCGACAACAACAACACUACUCUGCUCUUAUGGUACAGUAGCGUGAUGCACUGAGGCGCCCCCUAGUGGAAACACGUCUCCCUCCAACCCUGCAGUUGCUACUGCUAUUAUCAAACCUGACUUGAAUUUAAAGCUUCUAACUGUUGCAGUGCAAUAUGAGACUUGCAUCGCUUCAGUUUUUCCUCACACCUGAGUUCACAUGACUGUUGUCAGAGCGCGGCGGGAUCAGAGAGCUGUGACGCACCUCACCACAGAAGGAAGACAGUGCAAUAAUACAUGGAUGAACCAGGCCGGGUCGCUUCUGGGGACGACCGUCCUCCGGUCUCUGUGUGAACUCUUGUACAGUCAUGUACGCGCAAUAAUGAGCGUAUUCAAAAGCAACCCGGGAGGCGUGAUGUGACCGUGUCGUUGUUUUGCCGUGUUCUGUUCAGUGUGGAGUCUCUUCCGCCCCGUGCAUGUGACCCCUUCAGUCAUCUGUAGGUACAACAUGCGGCCCCCUUCCCUCCCUCCGUGUACAUAGACCCAGAACUGUAGAGCAGUCUGUCCCUGUACAUUUGAACCUGUAAAUACAAACAGCUAUGCAUGCUGAGAACCUAGCAAUUCUUUCAGGUACUUUUAUAACCCCCAAAUUCUCAUACGGCAUGAGUUGAAGAAAAAUGAUGUUUAAAAAAAAAAUAGGAAAAAAAGGUCAAGGUUAAGAUAAAAAAACCUUCUAUUGUCAGACAAUAUCCUCUCUUGGACAGUGUGUGUAGAGUCUUCCUGUUUUCUUACUCCUGUGGCCGAUUCUCUUCCUUCUGUGUUUCUGCUCAACAUCCGUGUCAGUUGGUGUUUGUGUAGCAGCGUCGGGUUGAGGUUCUGACCACAGGGGGGGUUCAGCUGACCUCUGUCACUCCGAUCAGAGCUGGUUUUAUUUGACCCACUGGGAAUCCAGUCAGAGCCCCCUGCAGUCCCUGCCUCAACCCUGCGCCCCGUCUCUUGGAUCCCAGAACCUGGGACUCCAAAUGGAUCGUGAUUCUGUUUAAGGAAUGUUUAUUUAUUUUGAUUUUUUUUCAAACGUGAUGUUUUAAAUAGAUGGAGGUGUCUGAUUUUUAAUCUGUGCUAAAGAUAUUUUACAUUUAAUAAAUAACCGCUGAAAUCAAAGCCUUGUCCGGAGCAUGUGUGUGUUGGUGUACUUGCUUAUCCUGACCAAUUAUUGACAAGACACUAUCCUUGUGAGGACCUUUGAGGGGGAGGUUAAGUGUGAAUUUGAGGAUUUGACUUUGGUUAAGAGUCGUGGUUAAUGUUUUGGAUGUUAGGUUUAGGGGGAGAGGCUGGGGAAAGGGUUACGGCAAGGAGAAUGCUCUGGAGGUCCCCACAAGGGUAGCAAUACAAAGAUGUGUAACAGAGAAAACACAGCAAGCUUGUUUGAGCUCCUCAGCUUCUGCAGGUGAAGAUGACUGUAGAGCUCACUGGGCACUGAAGUUGAAAUAAACAGCGGCAGUUUGGAGUGAUACUUGAAACAUGUCUGAUGAGAGGAAGCCAACAGAGAGGUUUCUGUGUGGAAUCAGUGGCUUCUCUCACAAAUGAAAACACCACUUCAAAACAGACUGAAACACAAGUGCACUACAGCCAACGGCGACAUGUUUUUAGGUGAUUGCAUUUGUCGGCGCCAAAAGUGUAUUUUCAAUUGUGUGUGUGAGUGUGACUUUUG